AAAAUUUAGAAUCUCAAGAAAAUCUAUUUGGUCAAUCAGAAUUUACAUCCAAAUGGGAUGAAAAUUUUGAUCAAAUUAUAGAACAGUUAGUAAAUAAACAUGAAAGAAACUUUGGCAUUAAAGAAAUUAAUGAAGAAAUAUCUUCUAAAAUAGAAUCGGGAUGUCAAAUAAAUCCACCUAAUAUUGUUAUAUUAGAACCUGGACCAGCACCUGAUAGCAACGCUUCCGUAUUCAAGUCAAUUGAUAUUACAGAAGAUCGAAAUAUUAAACAAUACACCGAAGCUUUCUGGAAACUUGUUGAUGAACUUACCAGUGCAUUUAAUCACCCUGAUCCUACACAACAUGAUCUUUUCCGACACGCACAAGAAAUGAAACCAGAUGGUUAUACACGAAUGUUUAAUUUUUACAAAAAGGGACUCAUUCGGCUAUAUAAUAUUCUGCAUGAAGAUAUCUAUAAAACUAAAGAG